ACUAUGAAUCGCGUGCUAUCAUUCGCGGAGUUUCAGCAAUGUUUGGAAGCUGGGAUGAUGCCAACCAGCAAUGUUCCACAGAGCAACGCUUUCAAUAUGAACGCAAUGGCAACAUCCUUUCCUAAAAAUGACGGAGUUGCCAUCGUUGUUGAGGACGACGAUGAUGAUUUCAACCGAUCAAAAGACAUUUACAGCAGCAGUUCGUCUUUCACUACUCGCCCCCAGCCUAUCUCAUUGAACCCAACUCAUUCAAUCUCCCAGAAGGCACCUGUUCCGAAGUACCCACUUGCUCCACCUCCAGUUUUCAAUUCCAAUACAACGCCCUUCUCUCAAGUAUUGGGAGACCCCAGCAACCCGAAUCUGAGCAAAGUUUUCCCACCACCGCCUGUAAUUCCCGGUGCCAUUGCAGCAGGAGCUUCUUUACCUGCCGCGUCCAGUUUCGGCGCACCAGCGUAUAAUACAAAUUACCCUCGUUUCCCUGAUCCUCCUAAAUUGUCAGUUGGAGCGAACGUUUCCCGGCUUUCAGAUGGAAACAUUUCUUCUCAAUAUAAAUCCGUGGACACGUUUGGUCGGAAUGAUUUCAGAGAACCGAGUUAUGAAGCUGUGCAGCCAAAUAGUUUGCCUCCAAAUAACUAUUUACCUGUUUCACUUCCCUGCAAUACUGCAAAUACUGUCCCACCGAUUGAAAGUCGUUAUUCCAGAUCCCAACCGCUUCAAAGCACUCAUUGGAAUGAUAGUCAACGAUACGCUGCUAGCUCUGACAUGUCGAAUAGUCGCAGCAUACAUACGUACAAUGAGAUCAGCAGAGAUAGUUAUCAAAAUAGACAGCACGAAGGCCUCGACACUUGGCGGAAAUCGGAGGAACCUUUGAAAAGGGAAGCUAUGGUAUCGCUCUCUGAUUCGAGUCGGAACUAUAAAUACCAGGAAUAUCAAAGUAGCUCAGGGCAAAAUCAAGCAGAUUCUUAUCGGCAAUCUACAAAUAACCUUAUUAUGCGAGAAAACAACGAUAAUAGAGAUCGAAGAAACGAGGCGCAAAACUGGAGUAGAUCGGAGCCGCAAUAUCAAAAUAGAGAUAGCCGGUCGUUCCAGUCAAAUUACUCAAAUGAAAUACCCAAUCGAAGUAGUUAUGACAUUGCCCCUAGAGAACAGCCUCGAUUUGGAAGACCUGAAGUAGGUUUUGGCAGGCGUCCACGAGAAGAACCUCCUUUUGACGACCGAAGAACAGGACAGAUGCUUCCUCCGGGGGAUCAAAAUCGUCAAAACACUCAGGAUCAAAGAGACAGCGGUUUCAAGGACGAUAGAUUCCGGCGCGAAAGUGAGCGAGGACAAGAUUACCAGAGGAGUAACCGAGGGUCGGAACUCAGGAGUGCCAGUUCUGACCAGAGGGAUAACAACAGAUAUGAUAGAGGCCGCGAUAACUCGUAUCCUGCCGAAACUUCUCGAUCGAAGAAGUCCUCGAAUGCAAGAAUUAACUUACCCGAGGAGUUCAAAAAUGGAACUUUUCCUAUUAUACCAAACCAGCCUGCAGACUUAUUUGCUGGAUCCAGUAGAGGCGCUGCUCAAAAUUCAGAACCCAGAAAAUUUCAAAACCACCCAUCAAGAAGCAGUAAUGCAGGGAAAAUAAACGAUGAAGAUAGGUUUAAAAAACCUUUGCCCGUCGACAGUUCUUCAAUUCAUGAAAAUUGGGCAGAUAGAAAGAGAGCGCCGAUAGCUUCUUCGUCGCCGAUAGCUUCUUCGCGAGGUCUGAGUAAAACAGAUGAAUCAGGCAAAUUUAUGGUAGAUUCGGGAAACAGAAAUCAGCAUGAACACCAAAGGCGAUCCGCGUCACAGAACAAAACAACAGACGAGUCAAUUCGUCCACUAAUGCAUUCAAGAUCCGAGUCUUUGGAUAGAAAAAGAAAAGAUACUUCAUCUAGCUCGAGAGAUGAGCCCUCAAUGAAUCGGAACCAACCGGCUGUCCCACCAAAGAUUGAUAAUUCUUUUCAACCACAGCGAGAUUUAUUUCCAAGAAAAAACCUGGCUUCACCUCGAAGCAACCCAAACACGAGGCCUGAGAAUCAAUAUCUUGCGAAUGCGGAACAUAGUCAAAAGGGACGGGUAGGCUUUGGAAGCAACAACCAGGUCAAAGAUGUUGGCAAUACACUGUCUUCGGGAAGUAGAACACCAUUCAGUCAACCCAAAAUGGAUUCGAGACCGGUUUCGAAGACGCCUUCCCUUACAGAAGCAACUUCCUGGGGUGGAUACCCAAAAAGCACAAAAGACGACCAGAAGUAUGCUAGUGGAGCGAACAGAGACAUUCAAAGCAAAACUUCUUGUAAUAGUACCAGAGGUUUUAAAGAGCCUCCAAAGCCAGUGAAAAUCGAAAACAGACAGCAGACUCAAAACCGACCCGUUUUGGCUCCACAGCCAAUUUCGAUUUCGAAACCUAUUCCUAAUCAACCACCUUUUCCGAAGCCAGCUGCAAACACCAUCACACCUUCUAAAGCCCAAAAUGCCCCUUCUUCACAGCAACCUUCAAGUGCUGAUAAUAUUAGCACGAAGAAACCUCUUACACCGCCUUUCAGUAAGCCGCCACUAGCUCGUCCCGCGGCUGUUCUCGAAACACCUCCGCGAGAUUCAGUUUUACCGACUCCGGUAGCUCAUCGACCGCCUUUUCAGGCUACGAAAGUAUCGGAUAUUCAGCAAAUCGACUCAAAUAAUAGUCAGGGUGGUCUUACCAAAAAGUCAAUUGAUGAUUCUGUUUGUCAUGAAUCGAAAGGCCGUGUUGAAUCGAGUAAACCUCUGUCUUCUCCCAAAGCACCAGUCUUGAAACCAGUUGAACCACCAAUUUCUGUGACCCCCGUAGCGGCAAUUUCGGCAGCCAGUUCUGAGAAAACAGCCGAAGCAAUAGUGAGGGAGGAAACUGCGGAUGUUAAUCAGCAGCAGUCGCUUAAGCGACCCCCAUUCAAGCCCGUGGCAGCUGUUGACAGUGGUCCUGCGAAGCACCCAGCAAGAUGCAAGCAGUGUGACAUGAACUUCCAAACUCUGACGGAAGCGCAGAACCACUGGAGAUCUCAGAAGCACAUCGAGAAGGCAAAGCAGGCAGCAGCUUCUGCUAAAAUAUCAGCCAGAGGAGCUGAGACGAAGACCAUAAGUGCACCUCAAUUCCCACCUGGCAUCAGACCUCUGAGUACUGCCGCCAAACCCCCGCCGACUAAUGCUUCUCACAUUCAGAUCCCCACCAGAACCUUGGGGGGAUCGUUUUCUUCGGGACUUAAACGAGCUACAGCUUCAACCACCGAAUCUACGGAGACGACCAAAGAAGAACCCCUUGAUAAGAAACCUGCUUUUACUUCAUUCGAUGAACCAAAGCCAGCAGAAGAGGUACCAAAAUUGCCAGAAACUGCGACGAAGCCUGUAAGUGCUCCACCGGUUUCAAGCUCUGCUAAGCAGGGUCCACUGACACCACCGUCAGCCAUCCGUAAUGUACCGAUAACACUGCGACGAGUGGUGAGUCAGAGUCCCUCACAGAAAUCAGAACAAGGAGCAGGAUUCAAAAUCCAAAUCUCACAAGCAGUACUGCCUUCCACCUCUGAGCCGGAGAAGAAGCCGAACCUAGAAGCAAACUUCCUAAAACCAAAACCUCCGUUCGCCAUUUUGAAAACCGAGAGCAAAAACACGAUUGUUGCACCAAAGUUGGAACCCAAAAAACAGAUUGAGCCCAUCAGUAUUCCUGAGACUGAAAAGAAAGUAGAGAUUGAUCUGAAAUCCCGCAAACUAGAAGUGAUUCAAUCUGAAAUCAAAACUGAACAACAUUUAGAAGAAAUUGAAAAAACCGAGGAUGUAAAACAACCAUCUGCUCAGUAUGAGAGCAAAGAUGGCCACGAUUCUGCUCAUGAGUCUAAUGCUGGUUCCAGUUCAGUCGAGGAGCUGCAGGUGUCGGAGGCAUCGUCGGACUCUUCCACCGUCUGGGCGAAGUUGCCGCCCAUUGAUGUGAGCAUGUUGAAAGUGAGAGUGAAUAAUGACACGGACGCUGUGAAAAAAGCCUCGGCUAAAGCGAAGUUCAAGUGCAACGACUGUGCUUUGGCACAGGCAGACAAGGAAGCGUUUUUGGCUCAUCUUGCAGGUGAGAGCCACUUCAACAGAUUGAAGGCGCGAUUGCAACUGUCGGCUUGCUUCGCCGAGUCAAAGUGCAAGCUGUGUGAGGCAGACAUAACCUCUCUUCAGGAAAAACUAGAUCAUGUUAUGGUGCAUGCAGACUAGCUUGCUGUGGAAGGAAAACACGAAUUAGAAGCCACAUGUGGAAGAUCUACUGACAGUGCGAUACUUGAUGAUCGUACAACCCAAUAUUAGCAUGCCUCAACUCACUUUCUCCAAGCUUAUAACCACUAGCAGUUUACAUCAGUACAAAUUUAAUGUGAUUGUUUUGAAGUUGCAGAAUCGAAAC